AUUAAGACCUUCAUCUAUUCAGGAAAAAAUGGCAAACAGAUCGGUUCCACUGGAAGCCUGGCUGUGGAUGGGAAAGCUCGUCACAUCAGGCUGAACCUGGGCUCCUCCCCCUACUUCCUUUUCUAUACAGAAAACUCUCUCUAUGCAUAUUCCCUGAAAGAUCUCUACAGUGCAGCAACUGGGAUGGAAAUAAAGCUUCCCAGCCUUGAGCAAGAUCCUCAGUGGGAGAAGAACAUUGACCGCACCACGCACCGCCUGUCCCUUCCCAGCUCUGGAGACAUUCGUUACCUGGCAAAAAUUCCUGGGCGAUCACGGGAGAACAUCUUGGUUGUGAACUCGGAGAUGGCUACGCUGAUCAGUGCCCAAAAUCUGCAGACUCUGUGGACCCUCAACGUGUCCCGUGUCGUGAGCGAGCCGCAGCUCGGUUACUACAAGCCUGAUGUUCUUGGUAUCGUCCUGGAGAGUGAAGUCGGACCCAACAGGAAGAAGGUUAUGAUUGUAGAGAGUGGUUCCGGAGCAGUCCAGUGGGACCUGAAGCUGAACUGGAGAGCAGAGAGCCCUGGGCCAGCCACACUUCCCACUGCUGAUCACCGCUCCACCUUCCUCAUCUGGGGUGAAUACCAGGUGCCAGGAAACGAAACAAGACCCAGAGCUCCUCUCCAGAAGCUGUACCUUUUCCAUCCUUCCUACACGAACGUCCUGUUGGAGCUCCGCAAUAGCACAGACCAAAUCAUCGCGUUCAACGCCACGCUGUUCGAGCGGAGCCGCCACGCCUGCUACGUGCUGUUGAGGGGACCUCAGCCCAGCGAGGAGCCAGGGUCAGUGUCUCUGAUGAAGCGUAAGCUGAAGGAGGAUGUCUCCGAGAGCAGGGUGAUCUGGCUGAGCCAGGUGGCAGUGGACAGCGAGCAGUACAUCCGGGACCGUCUCUACAGGAUGCGAUUCCAGAGCCGAGCGUGAGCUUGC